GUGGAGAAAUAGAAUCACAUUACUUUUCUAACCCAGUUUAGGGAUAAUAGAUGGAACUGGGCAUUAAGAGAGCAGCUCCUGCAGUCGAAAGGCUGUGGCUGGAUUGAGGGGGGGGGUGGGAGUAGGGGGUAUCUGCCCCCAUUCUCUGGAGUAACUUUUUGAUCCUCUCUGCGUUGAAGUUUUGGAAAUGGGGAGUUUUAGGAUUGCUGCAGGAGUUCCGGGUCAGAGGAGAUUUGCUUUCUUUCUCAUCACUGGCACGGAGGAACUUUUUUUCCUCUGGGGAAAAUGAGCAGAGUCUCCCGAAUGAAGCUCUCUCCCCUCCGUGGAAGAAGGACUCCAGAUAAAAAACAGAAAGCUUUAACUUGGUGGCGUGGCGAAUUCCACUAUGAAAACUUUAGUCUUGAGGCAUUCGACAACGGCACUGCCGAGGCAUACAGCUGUAGCGCUUUGAAACAGGGCAGUUGUUGUUUUUUAAAGGGGGGUGGGGGGUGGUAGAGAAAGAAAGAAGAAGAAGAAGAAAAAAAAAAAACUUUUGUCCCCAGGAGAAUAGCUUGACUGGUUUCCUCUUUUCUCUCUUUCAGAUAUAUAUUUAAGAGACCUUUUAUUUCGGCAUAACAAUAAUUAUUUGAAGGAGUUUUUGUGUUGGCGACUAAUUUAGAACUUGUAGAUUUGAGCUGCCUGAAUUGGCCAGACAGCUGUAAUCGCACUCCUCUAUUCUUAAUCUCUUUAUCUGGGCAGCAGCUGCCAUAUGGCCACAGUCAGCUGGAUCAGAUGUUUAUAAGCUUCCUUCUUCGUCCCUCUCUGUCCUCUCAGCCUCCUAAUUUGAUCACAGCUACCUUGUGAACUGCCCUCCAAUCUUUAUUUUUAGCCCUCUUAAGGAUUAGAAUGAAUGUUGGCCGUGGGGCACUUAGAGUGAUUGUAUUUGUAAACCUUCCUCGGUUUAUUGUGGCAGGGGUCUCUUGGCCGAAUAGAUUUGGCGGCGAGGGUGCCAACGUGUGGGUACCUCUUGGGCAGAGGGGGGGAAAGGAGGGAUGUUUUCAAAGCGUCUCGGGCUCCAGGAUGCACGUUUCAGGGGGCCCGGUGGUGGAGAGGUUUUUGUGUGUGUGUUUUUGGUUUUUUUUUUUCUUCUUCUUCUUCUGGUACCACAGGAAAGGGGAAGUCGAGUGUAUUUAUUUUUUUUGAAACAGACAUCACACACCCUUGGUUGAGUUUUGACCCUUUGUCCAGCUUUGCCUUUCUCCCUCCUCCCCCUCAGGGAAACAAUGGGAAACAAUACAUUUUUGAAAGGAUGGCAGCUAGUGGAAAGAAUCGAAUCUGUCGAGUCCUGCUUGAAACUAACCAUUUUCAGCUGGUUGAGGAAGGGCAAGAGGGGAAAAAAAAAAAAAAGAAAAAACCCAAAAUAGUUUGCAAGCCUCCCUUCGGGAAUUGAAUCUGUGGUGCGUUUGUAGUCUUCAUUCAAAUGGGCCGAAACCACCAAACCAAGAAAUGUCACUUUUAACGGAGACGUGAUUUGGCUUGCCAACCGACUAUCAGUUGAGCGUUUUCAGACUUUGCGUCUCUCGAGUUUUCCCAAGAAAUUAGGCAAAGGGGAACCCUCUCUGCAGAAGACUCAUCUUCUCCCUCUCUCCCCCACCCCCACCCUUUCUCUCAAUUCAUCGCUUAUAAUCUUUGGAGUUUGGUCUUGGUAAAGAUGAUCUUUUCCAUCUGCUGUAGUGCUUUCAGAAUCUUGGGCGUGUGUUCUCUACCUUAGCGUUUUAAGGUAUGAACAUCUGCUUUCCAGCAAUAGACUCUGUGCUGCUGUGACUUGGAAAAGUUAUGAAGACAGCAUGGAGUUCCCAGACCACAGCCGCCAUUUGCUCCAGUGCCUGAGCGAGCAGAGACACCAGGGUUUCCUGUGCGACUGCACCGUCCUGGUGGGAGAUGCCCGGUUCCGGGCUCACCGCGCGGUCCUGGCUUCGUGCAGCAUGUACUUCCACCUCUUCUACAAGGACCAGCUGGACAAAAGGGACAUUGUUCAUCUGAACAGCGACAUCGUCACGGGCCCGGCCUUCGCCCUGCUGCUGGAGUUCAUGUACGAGGGGAAGCUCCAGUUCAAAGACCUGCCCGUGGAAGACGUCCUGGCGGCGGCCAGCUACCUGCACAUGUACGACAUCGUCAAGGUGUGCAAGAAGAAGCUGAAGGAGAAGGCGGGCCCCGAGGGGGACGGCGCGAAGAAGGAAGAGGACGCCUCGAGCUGCUCGGAGAAGGUGGAGAGCCUGUCGGACGGCGGCAGCAGCAGCGGCGGCAGCAGCAGCGGCGGCGGCGGCGGCGGCCGCGCGGCCGGGGACCUGGCCAGCGACGAAGAGGACGGCGAAGACGAGAAGCCGCCCCUGCUGACGGGCAAGCGGGACCCGGCGGGCGAGGCCGGGCCCGCGUGGAUGCGGCUGCCGCCCCCGGACCCGGCGGGCCCGCCCCAGGCCGGGGCCGAGGCGGAGCCGCCCGGGAAAACGCCGCCGACCGCCGGCAGCCCCUGCGGCUCGACCGACUCUUUGUCCCAGAGGUCUGUCACCUCCGUGAGGGGUUCAGCCGAUGUUGACUGUGUGCUGGACCUGUCUGUCAAGUCCAGUCUUUCAGGAGUUGAGAAUCUGAACAGCUCUUAUUUCUCUUCACAGGACGUGCUGAGAAACAGCCUGGUGCAGGUGAAGGUGGAGAAAGAGGCCUCCUGUGAUGAGAGCGAUGUGGGCCCCAAUGACUAUGACAUGGAGCCCGGCGCCGGCAAAGAGAGCGGGAACGCUCCCGGCGGCCGGGGCCCCUACGAGCCGGCCCACCUGGCCCCCAUGCGGGAGGACACGGUCCUGAGGGAGCUCGAGCACGAGGACCGGGCCAGCGACGACGAGCUGAUGGCGCCCGAGGCGGAGCGGGGCCCCGCGGAGGGGAGCCUGGACGGGGGCCUGCUCCCCUACGUGUCCAACAUCCUCAGCCCGGCGGGCCAGAUCUUCAUGUGCCCGCUGUGCAACAAGGUCUUCCCCAGCCCGCACAUCCUGCAGAUCCACCUGAGCACCCACUUCCGGGAGCAGGACGGCCUCCGCGGCAAGCCGGCCGCCGACGUCAACGUGCCCACCUGCUCCCUGUGCGGCAAGACGUUCUCCUGCAUGUACACCCUGAAGCGCCACGAGCGGACUCACUCGGGCGAGAAGCCCUACACCUGCACGCAGUGCGGGAAGAGCUUCCAGUACUCGCACAACCUGAGCCGCCACGCCGUGGUGCACACGCGCGAGAAGCCCCACGCCUGCAAGUGGUGCGAGCGCAGGUUCACCCAGUCCGGGGACCUUUACAGGCACAUCCGCAAGUUCCACUGCGAGCUGGUGAACUCCUUGUCCGUCAAGAGCGAAGCGCUCAGCUUGCCCGCCGUCAGGGACUGGACCUUAGAAGAUAGCUCUCAAGAACUCUGGAAGUAAUCGACCGAGACAGAUAGGGGCGGGAAACGGGGUGGGGGCGGUCGGGCCUCUGGGU